UUUUGUUCAUUUCCCCUCGAGCAAAACCCUAGAAACGAAAAAAAAAACCCAACAAUGGCGAUCAUCUCCGAGGUUGAAGAUGAAAGCAGCACCCGACCCUCGAUCUUACCGUUUAGGGCGACACUCGUUUCUUCAAACCCAUUAGCUUUUAUAGAGAAAGUCUUCAACUUUCUCGGCGAACAGAGCGAUUUUCUCAAGAAAUCCUCCGCUGAGGAGGAGAUCGCCGCCGCGGUUAGGGCGGCGAAGGAGAAGCUGAGAAAGCCGGAGAAGAAAGAGAGUGUUGAGAAGAAGAAGAAGCCUGUGGUGAAGGAGAAGCCAACCAUGGCUGCUUCAACCUCAGAGCCAAUUAAAGUGGAGGAGAAGAAACAAGAAGCUAGUCCCAUUGCUCCUAACAAGGGUAAUGGGUAUGAUCUUGAGAGCUACUCAUGGGUCCAGACCCUUCAGGAGGUUACUGUUAACAUUCCAGUCCCUAGUGGCACUAAAGCACGCUCUGUUGUAUGCGAGAUUAAGAAGAACCGUCUUAAGCUUGGUCUCAAAGGCCAGGAUCCAAUCAUCGAUGGAGAGCUCUACCGUUCUGUGAAGCCUGAUGACUGCUACUGGAAUAUCGAGGAUCAAAAGAUGAUUUCGAUUCUGUUGACAAAGCAAGAUCAGAUGGAGUGGUGGAAAUGCUGUGUGAAAGGUGAACCUGAGAUCGAUACACAGAAGGUUGAACCAGAGAACAGUAAAUUAGCUGACCUUGACCCUGAAACUCGCUCCACCGUUGAGAAGAUGAUGUUUGAUCAAAGGCAAAAGCAAAUGGGUCUUCCAACAAGCGACGAGCUACAAAAGCAGGACAUUCUCAAGAAAUUCAUGUCUCAGCAUCCAGAGAUGGACUUCACAAACGCAAAGAUAAACUGAUGUUCCUGUUGUCUGGUCUCUCUGCCAAAAGAAGAAGAAAAAAAAACAGUUUUGUAUGACCAGCUUGUUUUCUUUCCGUUGCAUCCUUAAAAACUUGUUCCUGCUUUUGUUUUGUCUAGUGGAAGACACAGUUUCAUCUCCAAAUAUAUGUUCGGUUUGAUU